AUGGCUAAUAUACACUAUGCACUACCAGGAGAAUUUGUCAGACUGUACUGCGAGGGUUUCGUAGGUAAAGUAGGUCUUCCGGAUGCCGUCAACACGAUAACGUGGAAGAAAAUUGGUGAAAAACAGACAAUUGUUUCAAACGAAAAAUAUAGAAUAGAAGAAGUGAUUAGGGAAAAUGACCAAGUAUUGGGAGCAUUCCUAUUCAUAAACAAAAUUCAAGAGACUGACUAUGGACAGUAUAUGUGCUCCAUCAGCAAUACUGAUGACCAAAUUAUGCAACAGUUUACUAACAUCACAAAACCGGUGUUUAACUACGAACAAUCCGUUAAAAAAGUGCAAAGAGACCUUAAAUUGAUCAUUUUUGUCAUGAUUGCGUUAAUUUUGAUCGUUUGGAAACGCCGGUGGUUCUACUUGACGUAUCAAAAGAUGAAUAAAAAAUUAGAAAGUGAUAAAUAUGCGCUAUCGGAGAAGACUAUACAUAAUGUAAUAGUAUUUUACGACGAAGCGAACAAAGAAAAUGCCCAAUACUUGGUGGAAAAUAUGGAACAUCGUGAUAAUUAUAUAACUAAGAAAUAUCACAUCGAUUUUGAUGAAGACUUAAUCAAAACACAAACAGAUUUGGUUAAAGGUUUUGACUUCGCUAUAUAUUUAUUAUCUUCAGACGAUAAAAUCACAUCGUCAUUAAUAAAAAAAUCAACGCAAACAUCUUUUAUUCAAGACAACGUCACUCCUAAGAAAUACAUAAUCGACUGUACCAAUAUGCCAGUGACUCCAACGAAAUCGUGGUGUGACAGGGUACUUGCGGAUCUGAGCAGCGACGAUCACGCAAAGCGAAACAAAAAUACCUCGAACAAGCUGAUGAGAGUCAUCUAA